AUGUUUCAAAAUUCUUUCAAAUGGUGUGUAUAUGUGUUCAUCCUUUAUGUUCUAUUCAGUUCACUGAAUUCAUCGACCACGAUCACAGUAGCAUGUAAAUUCCUAAAGCAAAAAAGACUGUUAUGUAUCGACUUAAACAUGAAAAGUUCUCUACCUCAAGAUGAUUUCCACACUCCCUCUGUCUUUUUAUCUAUCACGUAUCAUUGUAUUCAUUCAUUUGAGUUAAAAGAUGCUACGCCAACUCCACUGACU